AUGCCAAGAGCUUCCCGGGUCCUAACUGAGUUCUUUGCGGGCGCACUUGGACAUCAAUGCGGGAAACAGUUACUUAGGGCCGCGUCUACCAUCCAGAGCACCCAUAUUGGUACAAUGGAACUGUGUCGUCGGUGCCGAAGUGUGCUCGCUGAAGGAGCGAAAACGCAACCUUCCCUCCGCGAAUACGACUGCAACGUUGUCGAAGGAGCAAGCUCUUGUGGACCGUGUCGCCAGUUGCAAGAGCUAGAGGUGCAGAUAAUCCAGGUGGAAACCCUCUUAGAACACCUCAAACGUCGUUUACCGUCAAUCAAAACAGAGAGGAAUCGAAUACACGACCAUCUCAUGCGAUCACUUCCCCCAGAAAUCAUGUCGCGCAUCUUCAGUUUCUACGUCUUCUCAUCCGGCGACAGUGUCGACUUGGAAUCGACCGAAUCACCAUUAUUUCUUGGGGCCGUAUGUCGGGCCUGGAGAAAGGUCGCAUGGGACACACCCAGUCUUUGGUCCUCGUUGAAACUUCUGAUCGAUAAGUCACCAAGCCAAACAAUCGACAAGAGCCUGGGUACACGAGUAAAGGUCCUGCAAGAAGGCUUUGCUUGCUCAGGAGGUCUUCCAUUAUCCCUCUCUAUCUAUUCGCCAUCGAAAAUGCUCUUUCACGGGCCUGGAGGUGACGGCGCAGCGUGGAAGACCCUCAUCGGGAUCCUCGAUCGGUACUCGAAACGCUGGCGCGUGCUCGACUUCCAACUCCCAGUAUGGUACUACUCGACCAUUGCACGCGGGCUGGCCUGUGGGUUCCCUAACCUUCGACACCUCACCCUCAUCCCUGACCAAGUCGACCGCUUCCACCCGUACACGCUUUUUGGAUCCGCCAGUCCCACCGAUAUUCCCGCACCUACCGUCGUUGAGCUCGCCCGUUUGCAACUGAACGAGAUCAACAUUUCGUGGGCGAACGUGGUUCAUCUAGAGCUAUCCCAUAUGGACAACAAACAGUGCCUUGAUUUCCUGAGGAGAGCGACGCAAGUCACAUACUUCAAGCUCAGGAAUACUUACGCUUCUUCAAUGAAUUCCCCGGAGAACACGACACAUUUCACUCACCCCCGACUCCGUGUGUUGGAUUGUAUGGGACCAAAGGACUUCCCAGCGCUAGUCAGACCGCUGUUGUUGCCGUCCCUGGAAGAAAUUCAAUACUACAAUGCAAGUCACCUCGACUUUCCGUAUGCAGAUAUCAAGGAGCUCGUCCUCCACUCGUUUUGCCAACUGAAACGACUCUGCCUUCAUGGCGACCUAUUCAGGAGGGAAGAAGCAUUGAUGGACCUGCUCUUCAACCUCCCGAGCGUGGAGGUGUUGACGCUCGAUUGCCCACUGCCAUGGAACGCGAACCCCGCAGGACUUUUCUCUCUACUUUCUCACUGCGGCUCCAUGUCAAACUUCCUCCCGAACCUCAUUAAAUUUGUUUACAAGGGGAGCACAGUGAACUUUCCUUGGGGAUAUCUUGUACAGCUUGCAGUGUCUCGUUCUUUCGAAGCAUCGCCCAAGCAGCCUGCCAGACCCCUCAGUCUGGUUCACAUCCAGUCGGUGUUGAAUGGUAAUAGUCCGCGAACAUACAUCCCAAAAGUAGCCGUCCUCGCAAUCCUCGCUGCUCAGGGGAUGCGAUUCAAAUUAGAUCGAAUGAAUGCCAAUGCCGACUUAACUGGUAUACCGCCCGAGGAUUGGCUUGACGAGUCGAUGAAGCACCAUGGAAUAUACAUACCCGACGAACGAUAA